GCGGAAGGUGCGCCGGAAAAACAUCGGCCUAACCAGGUUUUACUUUGUUCUUCUCUAGAACUUUUUCCUAGGUUGACCUGGGCAAUUCUAAAACCAUACAUUGCGAAAGCAACUCUGGACUAAGAACACUCUCACAUUCAUUCUUCAUCAAGUCCAUAUUAAACGACAUUUACGAUGUCUGAUUUCGGCGAUGACGAUGUUGGCGGCGCUGGCGGCGACGAGCCCAUGUACGAGGAGGAGGAGAUCACCGAGUACUACGACCCCGAGGUUCUCGAGGAGGAGGAUGGUGACCAGCAACAAAACGGACAAGACCAGGAUAAUGUCGUAGUCUCGGGAGAUCCUUCUGCCGCUGCCAACGCGCUGAAGGGCGGCGACAAGCUACUCAAAGACAAGAAGAUUCCCGAGAACGAGCGAACUACCACACCCUACAUGACCAAGUACGAGAGGGCACGCAUCCUCGGUACACGCGCUCUGCAGAUCAGGUCCGCAUCACCUUGCUGAACUGCAGCAACUUCAGGAAACUAACUGGAUGCAGCAUGAAUGCGCCUGUGCUAGUUGAUCUGGAGGGCGAGACCGACCCCCUUCAAAUUGCGAUCAAGGAGAUGCGGGAAAAGAAGAUCCCCUUGAUCGUGCGGCGAUACAUGCCCGAUGGCUACUACGAGGAUUGGACCUGCGAGGAACUGCUGCAGUAAGCAGCCUAAGGACUAGCACGUCGCGAAACAACCGAUUGCCCCCGAGGCGUAUAUACCCAUGCGACCCUCCUUAGAUACAAUCGAGCUGGAACGUUGUGUGCUCCCUUCUGGCUUGACAUGUUGUAUAGUGUAUCAGGAGGUUAAUUAAUCAUGUAUAAGCGCGGCGUUUGAGAUUGAGAUUGAUUUACACAGGAACUAGACAAAAAACAAGAAGGAAAUCUACUUUGCUUCUGUGUCUUGGUGCACGAGUGUGUUGAUUGUCUCUGACGCCGUCUUUGAUGAAGACGGACAAAGAAUCCCCAACAGCAACACUGUUGACGGAUGCUCCAACGUCACAUCGUUACCAAUACGGAUCUGUCCGGUAGAAGUCCAUGAAAGAAUGAUGUCAAGUGGGAAAUGGCAGAUGGCUUGUUUUGGGUCUGAUGGGCCGAUUACGUCGGGCCAGAUUGUGUUUCACUGAAACACCGGCGCGAGACAUGACGGCAUCUUCUGAUGUUUGGACUCAACCUCAAAUGCGCAGUGGCCUUUUAUACGUCACAAAGUCUGAUAAACAGUCAAUCCAAGCAAGGGAGCAUCCUCUCAUACCACGCAAUCUGGGCCUGACAGAGAUUAUCAACCUCAAAUACAAAGACAUGAUUCCUGCAGCGUCUGUGGCUUCUUGCAUAUUUGAAAGGGUCCUCGCAGGUAGAUGAAUUGUCCAACCAACCACAGGUCCAGAAUAUUCUUUCCAGCCUCCGACGUUGUGCCACACUGAUCCGGAAACGGGUGUUGGUAGGAAGGGAAAAGCCGUGACAGCCGUAGCUUUGCAGAUCAUGCAAGUAAAGUUUUCAUGCAACCUUAGCC